GUUGACACUUGUAGAUUGCGACGGAAUAACCCGUUUAUAAUCAAUGGGAAUGUUAUUAGGACGGACUUUGGUGCUCCGCGUAUAUUUAAAUUACUAUAACUGUCUAUACGUAUACUCAUAAAUCGGCCAGUGUGCUUUGUAGUUUCGAUGGUCUACGUUUUGCUUAUUGUGGACAUCGUUGAUAACGAAUUUAAUGGUCACUACGGGGUAAUCCAUUUGUAUGUUUUGUAAAUUUGCGUUCGCAAUAGUUUUAUAAUUAUUUAUUAUUCUUGCGCGAACAUUUUAUUCUUGUGAACUCGUCGUGUAUCCGACCCGAACUCCGAAAAGAUGAGCGUGAUGCUUCCGGAAUUUGAGCAUAUGACAUUAUCCUUGUUACGGCUACCGACCAGGGAACGGUUGUCGUGCAUGUUGAAUACUAGAAAAGUUUUGCCGUCCCCUGACAAUAGACCUAGAGAUUGGACUGGUUUGACUUCUCUUUUGGGCUAUACAAUACCUUUGGGAUGUAAUUCAGAUGAUCCAAUGGGUAAAAUAUUAAAGUAUUGCCAAGAAACUACUAUUGCAUUCUUUAUACAAUGUCUGGAAAAAAUAGACAGAUACGACGUUAUUGAUGAGACAGUAGAACUUAUAACAUCUGAUAUCAUUUUUUUUAAAGAACAAAAAUUCUCUGUAGCACACAUAACUCCAGUAAAACAUAAUGAUGUGGGGAAUAAUAAUAUUAUUACCAUUGAAGACGUUGAUGCGUUAAAAAAUCAACUUCCUCUUCCAAGAUAUGAUGCUUAUAUACUAUAUGAUGAUGCUGAUCUUAAACAUGCUAUAUUUAUGGCACAAAAAUUAGAAAAUGAAUACUCAAUAAAGUUAUGUUACAAAGAUAGAAAUUUAAAACCUGGUGUUGAAUUUGAGUAUCAAUCAGUAAUAAAAUUGAUAUCUGAUCGUUGUGAUUGGUUGAUUGUUAUUGUAUCAAAUAAUUUCUCAAAUGAUCCUAAGAAUCUAUCUAUAAUGAAAUGUAUACAGUCUCUGGGUAUUGAACAAAAUCGUUCUAAAAUUAUCCCAUGUAUUUUUGGAGAUUGUAGUUUACCUCAAGAACUCAAAUGCUAUGUUAAAUUAUUUUUUAAUGAAUCUAAUUCUUCCUAUGAUCCAUGGAAUAGACUUAAAAUUACUGUAUCAUCAAAUCAUUGCAAAGCAUUGACCAACAGUGUAUUGAUUGAUAAUGGUCAGAAGCUGAAAAUUGUGGAACCAAUAAAUAGUUGUACUAAAAUUGUUUCAUCACAAAACAAACCAGUUAACAGAUCUAUUGAAGAGUUGAAUAAUAAUAUUUUACCUAAAAGAAAAAAUGUAUUAGGUAGACUAGUAAAAACUGUAGGAAAUAUUGUGUUGAAUAAAUGACAAAAAUAAUAAAAGAUUUGAAUGUUCAAGUCUUUUAUAUAUAUUUAUAUAUAUUUCCAAUGUAUA